AUGGUGCUGCACCGGGCCAUCCACGCGGCGCGCGUCGGUGACCUGGCGGCGCUCAGGGAGCUGGCCGCCGCGGACCAUCUGACCCCCGCCAUCAGCGACGCCCAGGGGGCGGGGCUGGCGCACCACGCCGCGCGCUGCGGCCGCCUGGACUGCCUGCGCUUCCUGGUGACGGAGAUGGGGCUGGCGGCGGACGAGCGGGCGCUGAACCGCGCCACGCCCGCCCACGACGCCGCUGCCACCGGGCACGUCAGGGAGCUGCAGUGGCUGGUGGAGCAGGGGGGCUGCGAUCUGGAGGCCCAGGACGCGUCGGGGGCCACGGCGCUGCACCUGGCCGUGCGGUUCGGCUGCCUGGCGGUGGUGGAGUGGCUGCUGGCGGCGGGGGGGCGUCUCAGCGUCCUGGAGACCAACUGCGGGGCGGUGGCCGCCCACUACGCCGCCGCCAAGGGGGACCUGGCCUGCCUGGAGCUGCUGCUGCGCCACUCCCCGGGGUGUGUGAACCUCCAGACCCGGCUGGGGGCCACGCCCCUCUACCUGGCGUGCCAGGAGGGUCACCUGCCCGUGGUGGAGUACCUGGUGCGGGUGGGCGGGGCCAGCACUCACCUGAGGGCCCACGACGGCAUGAGUGUCCUGCACGCCGCCACGCACACGGGGCACCACGCGCUGGUGGUCUGGCUGGCCACCUUCACCGACCUCAGCCUGUGCUGCCAGGACCGGGAGGGGGCGACCGCGCUGCACUUCGCCGCCAGCAGGGGGCACCGUCGCCUGCUGGAGACGCUGCUCCACCUGGGGUCAAAGGUCACCCGGGACUAUUGGGGAGGCACGCCGCUCCACGACGCCGCGGAGAACGGAGAGCUGGAGUCCUGUAAGGUGCUCCUGGCCGGCCUGGCCGACAGCUCUGAGCAGGACAUCGAUGGCUUCACCGCAGCGGACCUGGCCGAGUACAACGGGCAUUAUGACUGCGCCCGCUACCUCCGCAACGUCCAGGCCAACAGCGUCUGCUGCGGGCGCGCCACGCUGGACAGGGAGCCCGCCAGGAGGUUUGGCAGAAGCGCCCUCAGCCAGAAGGACUCACAGCUAGUGUACGUCAACAAACCCAUCCAGGACAUCACUUCAGACCAAGAGGAAGAGGAGGAGGAGGAGGAGGGGACGGACACGCCCACAGCGUCCAGGCAGCCAAUCAGAGGAGACUACUACCGCGGCCUGAGCGACCCAUGCAUUGAGAUCCACAGCACUGACACACAGAUGGAGAGGUUAAAGACCACCGCCUCCAGGAUGGAGAAGGUCCACAUCGCCACGUCUGUCCUGAAGGGGUUCACGCGGGGCCGGCUCUCCGCCCCGGCGGCCCCAGACCAGGACCAGAGUGAGUCUGCGGCCCCCCGUCUGGGGGCCAACCUAGGCAACAUGAAGUCCAUCACGGCUGUGAAGCAGUCCGGCCUGCAGUCUGGGGUCUUCACCGGACAGGGGAGCAAGAUGGUGGUGCUCCCGACGGAGGAGGCCAACCUGUCGGACAUCGACUACCUGGUGCCCACCCACGACGAGAGGGGGCGGCCCAUCGCGGAGUGGAAGCGACAGGUGAUGGUGAGACAGCUGCAGGCCCGGCUGCUGGACGAGGAGGACCAGAGGAGGAGGGAGAACGGCAGCAGCCGCUACGCCAAGGUGAGCUGGCGCUACUCCCCGGCCCACAACGCCAUCCUGGGCCCGUUCGGCGAGCUGCUGACGGAGGCCGACCUGGUGUACCUGGAGCGGCAGAUCGCCAACGUGGCGCUGCAGAAGAACUGCGAGGGCUACGAGCUGGAGCUGGCGCGGCUGGCCGAGGAGCUGCGCCACAUCCUGCCGGCGCCCAUCGUCAACAUCACCGUCAACACACAGUUCCGCCACUUCCACAGCAAGGUGCCGCUGCCGCUGUGGUGCGGCCGCAUCUCAGGCAUCGUGCAGAGCAUGUCGCUGCUGCUCAGCAACCUGACGGACCAGCCCUACUGCAAGAUGCCCAACACGGCGCUGGUGUCGGUGUUCUCCGAGGCGCCCGAGCGGGCCACCGGUGCCCGCGGCCGGCGGGAGAUGAUCGAGGAUGAGAUCCACGAGUUCGGCGUCUCAGUCGGGAGGCUCAAGUCGAACUUCGAGAGCCAGAGCGCGGCGCCGGGCGACGAGAACGACGUCGUCGUUGAUGACGACGAGGAGGCCGUCACGACGACCAAGUCGGUCACGUUCAGCAUCCCCGCCACCGACCCCGCCGCCGCGGAGCCGCUGCUGGCUCCGCCCCCGCCGCUCAAGGUGCGGGACGGCGCGGUCACUGCGGAGACGGACCACAACAGCGACUCGGGCAUCGACUACGACGAGGCGACGCCGGACGUGAUGGAGACCACCAGCCUGAGGAAGGAGCGCAUCGUGGUCCUCUUCCUCGGCCACUGGAAGAAGUCGGCGUACUCCGUCACGCUGAAGAGCCGCGACGCCGCCGAGAGGAAGCUGAACGGCGGGGCGGGGGGCGAGGUCGCGGAGGGGUCGGCCGAAGGUCACGGGGUCACGGCGGAGUUCACCCAGAAGACGAUGAUGGACAGCUCGCUGGGACACUUCUUCAAGCAGCGCGGCGCCGUCAACAAGAUGCUGGGCAACUGGAGGAGCAUGAUCUCCAGUGUGCCGUCCAGGCAGAUACGCAGGCUGCACCGGCAGCAGGUGCUGUACUCCCCGGAGCAGUUCCUGCCGCGCAUGGAGGGCGUGGCGGUGGACUACGACAGCCUCACCCUGGACCUCUUCAUGCUGGGCUACUUCCACAUCCUGGAGCAGGAGCUGCCCGCCGACGAGCGGAAGAUGCGCCACCUGCUGUGCUUCGAGGUGUUCGACCACCUGGGCUCCUUCACCUGGGAGACGGUGCGGGACUUCCACAAGGCCGUCAUCACCGACAUCCAGGGGGGCGGCCGCGAGUGGAAGGACGGCUUCGACGACGUCAAGACCCGCUUCUUCGGGAGCGCGGCGGUGCCCGUGGAGACGGUGUCGGCGGCGCCGGCGGAGGCGGCGGUGGAGAAGCGGGUCCUCCCCGAGGUGCGGCAGGUGCCUCGGGUCAUCGUGCAGACCCCCACGCCCGACGAGGGGGUGCUGAACGGGGGCACGGACAUCUCGUCCUUCUCCAACGAGGAGAUCUGUAAAUACAUCGACCGCAGCUUCGCCUUCUGGAAGGAGAAGGAGGCGGAGAUCUUUUACUUUGAGUAGGGAAACUUUUGUGGUUUGGUGGUGGCGACUUUUUUUGUAUAUUUUUUGUAUUUAUUUAUUUACAGAAAACUACGACGCUCUUUACAAGAACUUCCCAACAAAAAAAAAAGACGAUACUGUGCUUUUGUCCUGAGUGAGAUUUUUUGAGAUUGUCUUUUUUUUGUCAUUGCGGAGCAACUCCAUGUUUACAAAA